UAAAUGCCUAUGAUCUCACUUUUAGGUGGAAUCUUUAAAAAAAAAAAAAAGGUCAUCAACAUAGAGAAUAUACGGAUGAAUGCCAGAGGGAGGAGAUGGAUGAAUGGGCGAAAUGGGUAAAGGUGGUCCAGAGGUAUCCAGUUAUAUAUAAGUCAUGGGAAUACAAUACACAGCAUGGUGACUAUAGUUAAUAAUACUGUAAUACUAUAUUGCAUAUUUAAAAAUUGCUAAGAGAGUAAAUCAUAAAAGUUCUGUUCAGAAGAAAAAUUUGUAAUUUUUUGGUGACAGCUGUUAACUAGACUUACUGUGGUGAUCAUUUUGCAUAUGUACAAAGUCACAUCACUGUGUUGUAACCCUGAAACUAAUAUGUCAAUUAUACUGCUAUUUUAAAAAGCUUUUAUUAUUUAUUUAUUUAUUUAUUUAUAUUUAUAGACUUAGGGAUUCCUAUUUUAGUCAGCAAUUUUGAUUAUUUUCAUUCUCCUAUUGACUCAGAUUGAGUCAGUUGAAGCCCGUUCAAUCUAGUAAAUUUGUCACUUUUACCAGUUUUCAUUUAUCUUUUGAACAUUUCCUUACUCUAGCACAACAUAUUUUGGGCCUAUUGUAUACUUCUUCUGCUUCAGCCCUUGAAUUAGCCCUUUCUGCAAGGGCUUCCUUUAAUGGAGGAUAGUAUUUAGAAACUGAGAUCUGGGAGCCAAGCAUGUUUGUUCUACUGGAUAUCAUUUUUUUCAUAUUCUUAGUAGACAGCUAGAAAAUGUGUGCCUGUGUGUGUGUAUACACACACAUAUAUAUACAUAUCCUAUUUAUCUCUUCAUUUUAUGCUGGUAACUUCAAUUCCAGUGAAACAACAGAGUACAUCCAUGUUUUCCUCCUUCCUAUAUUUUUAACUUCUCUUUCCAAUAGUGAGAAAUGUGGUUUCAUUAUAUUCAGUGUUUAUACUCAUUUUUCAAGUCUCGAAUACACAGAAGUAGUGUCAGAAUUGCUAGCCCAUACCAUUGUGAGAAGCCAACCUCCUAACAAGAGUUCAAUAUUUGUGUGCUUUUUUUUUUUUUUGAGGUACAAAGUACAUAGAAUCAAAUGCCCAAAUCCUAAGUGUACCAUUUAAAUUUUGGCAAAUGCACAUAUCAUGUGACACAUACCUCUGUGAAGAUAGAAGAUAUUUCCGUCACUCAAAAGUCUCUCAUGAGUUCCUUUCCAGUUAAUCCUCUCUUCAACCCUGCUGCCAAGACACAACAACUUUUUUGAUUCUCUUGACUAGAGUUUAGUUCUUCUGGUUCUAGAAUUUUAUGUAAUUAGAAUUACAUAGUACAUGUUUCUUUUGUGUGUGUCUGGCUUCCCUUACUUAGCAUCAUGUUUUUGAGAUUCAUCUGCUGUGUUAUAUAUAUCAGUAGUUUCUUUUCUUGCUGAGCAGUAUUCCCUGGUGUCAUUGUACCACAAUUUGUUUAUCCGUUUUUCUGUUGAUGGACAUUUGGGUUGGUUCUAGACUAUAGCUAUUUUGAAUAAGAAAGAUUACCACUUCGAAUACACAGAAUGCGAUAGCAGUGGAUCCAGGUGGAGAGUUGCCAUUCCGAAUUCCGCAGUGGACUGCUCCGGCCUGCCUGAUCCAGUGAGAGGCAAAGAAUGCACUUUCUCCUGUGCUUCUGGGGAGUAUCUAGAAAUGAAGAACCAGGUAUGCAGUAAGUGUGGUGAAGGCACCUAUUCCUUGGGCAGUGGCAUCAAAUUUGAUGAAUGGGACGAAUUGCCAGCUGGAUUUUCCAACGUUGCAACAUUCAUGGACACUGUGGUUGGCCCUUCUGACAGCCGGCCAGAUGGCUGUAACAACUCUUCCUGGGUUCCCCGUGGAAAUUACAUAGAGUCCAACCGUGAUGACUGCACGGUGUCCUUGAUAUAUGCUGUGCACCUCAAAAAAUCGGGUUAUGUCUUUUUUGAGUACCAGUAUGUUGACAACAACAUCUUCUUUGAGUUCUUUAUUCAAAAUGAUCAGUGCCAGGAGAUGGACACCACCGCUGACAAGUGGGUAAAACUCACAGACAAUGGAGAAUGGGGCUCUCAUUCUGUAAUGUUGAAAUCAGGCACAAACAUACUGUACUGGAGAACUACAGGCAUCCUUAUGGGUUCUAAAGCAGUCAAGCCAGUGCUGGUAAAAAAUAUCACAAUUGAAGGGGUGGCGUACACCUCAGAAUGCUUUCCGUGCAAGCCAGGUACCUUCAGUGACAAACCAGGUUCCUUCAUCUGCCAGGUUUGUCCCAGAAACACCUAUUCUGAGAAAGGAGCCAAAGAAUGCAUCAAGUGUGAUGAGGACUCCCAGUUUUCAGAAGAGGGAUCCAGCGAAUGUACAGAGCGCCCUCCCUGUACCAUGAAAGACUAUUUCCAGAUCCACACUCCAUGUGAUGAAGAAGGAAAGACACAAAUAAUGUACAAGUGGAUAGAGCCCAAAAUCUGCCGGGAGGAUCUCACGGAUGCUAUUAGGUUGCCCCCUUCUGGAGAGAAGAAGGAUUGUCCACCUUGCAACCCUGGAUUUUUUAACAAUGGAUCAUCUUCUUGCCAUCCCUGCCCUCCGGGAAUGUUUUCAGAUGGAACAAAGGAAUGUAGACCGUGCCCAGCAGGAACAGAGCCUGCUCUUGGGUUUGAGUAUAAAUGGUGGAAUGUCCUUCCUGGCAACAUGAAAACCUCCUGCUUCAAUGUUGGGAACUCAAAGUGUGAUGGAAUGAAUGGUUGGGAGGUGGCUGGAGAUCAUAUCCAGAGUGGGGCUGGAGGUUCUGAUAAUGAUUACCUGAUCUUAAACUUGCAUAUCCCAGGAUUUAAACCGCCAACAUCAAUGACUGGAGCUAUGGGUUCUGAACUGGGAAGAAUUACAUUUGUUUUUGAGACUCUCUGUUCAGCCGACUGUGUUCUGUACUUCAUGGUGGAUAUUAAUAGAAAAAGUACCAACGUGGUGGAAUCAUGGGGUGGAACCAAAGAAAAACAAGCUUAUACCCAUGUCAUCUUCAAGAAUGCCACGUUCACAUUCACGUGGGCAUUCCAGAGGACGAAUCAGGGUCAAGAUAAUAGACGGUUCAUCAAUGACAUGGUGAAGAUUUAUUCUAUCACUGCCACUAAUGCAGUUGAUGGGGUGGCAUCCUCAUGCCGUGCCUGUGCCCUCGGUUCUGAACAGUCGGGCUCAUCGUGUGUCCCCUGCCCCCCAGGCCACUACAUUGAGAAAGAAACCAACCAGUGCAAGGAGUGUCCACCUGAUACCUACCUGUCCAUACAUCAGGUCUAUGGAAAGGAGGCUUGUAUUCCGUGUGGGCCUGGGAGUAGAAGCACGCAGGACCACUCAGUUUGCUACAGUGACUGCUUUUUCUACCAUGAAAAAGAAAAUCAGAGUUUGCGCUAUGACUUCAGCAACCUCAGCAGUGUGGGCUCCUUAAUGAAUGGUCCCAGCUUUACUUCCAAAGGGACAAAAUACUUCCAUUUCUUCAAUAUCAGUUUAUGUGGGCAUGAGGGGAAGAAGUCGGCCCUUUGUACCAACAACAUAACAGACUUUACAGUAAAGGAAACGGCGGCAGGGUCAGAGGAUUACACAAAUUUAGUAGGAGCAUUUGUAUGCCAGUCAACUAUUAUUCCUUCUGAAAGUAAGGGUUUCCGAGCAGCCUUAUCCUCACAGUCCAUCAUUCUGGCAGAUACGUUUUUAGGAGUGACAGUUGAAACCACAUUGCAAAAUAUUAAUAUAAAAGAAGAUAUGUUCCCAGUUUCACCAAGCCAAAUUCCAGAUGUGCAUUUCUUUUAUAAGUCUUCUACAACUACAACCUCUUGUGUUAAUGGCCGAUCAACUGCUGUGAAAAUGAGGUGUAAUCCUGCUAAACAGGGAGCAGGAGUGAUUUCCGUCCCCAGCAAGUGUCCAGCUGGCACCUGUGAUGGAUGUUCAUUCUAUUUCCUGUGGGAGAGUGCUGAAGCUUGCCCUCUGUGCACAGAGCACGACUUCCAUGAAAUUGAGGGAGCCUGUAAGAGAGGGUUUCAGGAAACCUUAUAUGUAUGGAAUGAACCUAAGUGGUGCAUUAAAGGAAUUUCUCUGCCUGAGAAAAAGUUGUCCACCUGUGAAACGGUUGACUUUUGGCUAAAAGUGGGAGCAGGUGUGGGAGCUUUUACAGCUGUUUUGCUGGUUGCUCUAACUUGCUACUUCUGGAAAAAGAAUCAGAAACUGGAGUACAAAUAUUCCAAAUUAGUAAUGACCACCAACUCAAAAGAGUGUGAACUCCCAGCUGCAGACAGCUGUGCUAUCAUGGAAGGAGAAGACAAUGAAGAGGAAGUUGUUUAUUCCAAUAAGCAGUCACUUCUGGGGAAACUCAAAUCCUUGGCAACAAAGGAAAAAGAAGACCAUUUUGAAUCUGUUCAGCUGAAAUCCUCAAGAUCUCCAAACAUAUGAAAAGACUGUGCUGUAGCCUUCAGACUGAUGAACAAAGAAACCUGCUCUCUAGUUUUCCAGGGCCGUAGCUUAGAGCCUGUCCUCGUAUCUGGCACAUUGGUGAUGUCACAGAGGAGGGCCAUGCCGCUGAAAAGGAAGGAGGUUGAACAGUUUGAUUGCCUUAUCAUGGUCAAGUAUCUUGCCAAAAAUAGGAAAGCAAAUGGUUUGAGUCUCAACUGAAGAUGAAGCUCAACUCAGGAAGAGAUUUAUCUGUAUAUACACAUAACUCAAAACCAAGGUUAAGCCCACCAGUGCACUGCUGAUGCAUGCCAUAUAAUUAAUGGGUAAUUUUCUUCUUUAUAACUUCUAUUUAAAAAGUCUGUUUGGAGGACAGAUGUGAGCAUAUGCAUUGUAAUCCCAUUUAUGUCUUUUAUUUGUUUAUAUUUGGGGGAAGAUUUGAAAAAUUUUUUAAGGUACAGUUAUUUUUCCCAUUAUUUAUUUUCCUGACAGACCGUAAAACAUCUUUUCUAUUAAAAAUGGUGAACAAAGAAAGACAACAGAUUUUUCAUUUUUCCAUAGGGUACCCUUCUUGAUUUCAGAAACCUAAGUAAACAGUAAUUUUUUAUGAAGAGUCAGCAUGUGUUUGGGUCAUCUAAACUUAUAAUCGUCUUUGAAAUUCCAUCCUUCUUGGAACUGGUAAGAAGGGAUUGACUGAAAGUGGGAUUCAUAAAAAAAAAAAAAAAAAAAAGCAAAGGAGAAGCUUAGACCUCCCAUUAAUACAAACAAGCUGACACUAUAUAGAAGUCACAUGGUUUGAAACAAUUUAUGUAAUACGUGAAGUUUAAUUUAGAAUGGGUGGAAAAACGUGUUUAUCAAAUCACUUGUGAAAUCAUGAGAAGAACGUGGAAUAGCUUAUGUAUAAGUAUAGAUAACUGUACAAAGGUACUGAAAUAAUUUCAUAGUGUCUAGAAAAUGGCAGUGGGAUAUUUACCCUUUAUCAGCAUCAAAGGUUAUAUGGUUAUCUUUCUGCUAAAGACUUGAAAAAUUAUGACUUCCAUAGUUUUCUUUUUAAAUUAGUAAGUCAGGAAUUCACUUUUAGAAAAUUGCGUAUAAUUGUAUUCAUAAUGAGAAUGUGGUUGUACCAUAAGCAGUUAUGAAAUGUGUUGUUGUUCCCAUUCAAGAGUGAUUUGGGUAAUUGUGAUAAUUCCCAUGAUGGACAGGUUAUACUAGUAUUAGCAUGACUUGAAUAUUAUUAGUCAAAAGAAGUCUGAAUGAAGCUGGAUUUGACCAAUUUCAUGUAAAAAUUGUCUUAGAACUGGGGAAAAGGGAAGUUUCCUGACCAUUGAUAAUCUUAGAUUCUCUAGCUGGUUUCGAAUAAACAGUGAUCUUUAUAGAUCUUAA